AUGGCAGUUACGGGUCGUAAACAUCUGAGUCGAUGCGGAAAAUGUUGUUAUUAUUGCCGACAAGUGACCACUUUCUUGUUCUCACACAUAGGUCUCUGUACUUUACUUAUUGGUUAUGCAGUGAUGGGUGCCUUCACUUUCCAGGCAUUGGAGCUCAAGAACGAAGAACGACAGCGACUGGAAAUGUUGACAAUUAGGGAACAUAUGAUACAACAACUCUGGAAUAUCACACAAGAGAGUACUGUUCUCAACCAACUUGAGUGGACACAAGCGGCCAAAGACACAUUGGAUCACUUCGAGAAAAAUCUUCUCGAAGCUGUUCUCCGAAAAGGAUACGAUGGCAGUGAUGAUUUGAUCCGAAAGUCGUCGCAGUGGUCAUUCUCUGGGUCUUUGCUUUACUCUAUAAUAGUUAUAACAACUAUCGGUUACGGAAACGUUGCUCCGAGAACUGAUUGGGGCAAAAUAGUGACGAUAUUGUACGCUAUAAUAGGUAUACCGUUAACAUUGUUUUGCUUAUCAAGUAUUGGUCACGCAAUGGCCCAUUCAUUUAAGUUUAUAUACUGGAAAUGUUUGUGCUAUCUAUGUAUUGCACCCAAACGUCACCGAAAACCGUCCCAAAAGCGCAAAUCAUUGCGUCGACGGCACCUUCAAGUGUGCCAACAAAUUGAAAUGCAACCCAUGACUACUCAUACAAGAAGUGGUUUAUUAUAUAUGCCAUACAAUCAGUCAUCAAAUUGGCGGUCAAACAAAUACAGCGAUUAUCGGGACUCAACACCAAUCAUAUGCAAUAAGUAUGCACUUAAUGAUGAGAUUAUGGACAUUAACUCAAGAUUUCCAGGUCCACCUCCAACACCAUCGCCCACACCCACCACAAAUCCUCCAAGUUUUCACACAGCAAUCAAUUCAGGACUCAAUCAUCCUAUGGCUAAACAUGUAAAUUCUGUCCGAUUUUUCAAUGAUACCGGUGCUCAACCAUUAUAUUCGGAACAAUCAAUAAUACCAUUACAGCAACAGAUGAGCACCGGUUCCAGCGAUGAAAGCGACGAAUCAGAAGACGAAAGCGAAGGAACACAAAAAAGUAUUCCCAUAACUGUUUGCUUGACUUUAGUAAUCAGUUAUAUCUGUGGCGGCGCCUGGUUUUUCUCCAACUCCGAGGACUGGACUUUUCUCGACGCCUCCUAUUUCUGUUUUGUCACUCUGUCGACAAUCGGCUUCGGAGAUCUGGUUCCCGGAAGAACUGUAUUGUCGACACCGGCCGACGGCCAGAUAACACUAGCCAUCUGUGCUCUAUAUUUACUGUUUGGUAUGGCUUUACUCGCUAUGUCUCUUAAUUUGGUAAAAGAAAAAGUGACAAAAUGUGUCCGUUUUAUUGGUCAAAGAAUCGGUAUAUUAGUCAAAGAUGAUGACGACUAUGAUUUCUAA